AUGCAGCCCUUUACAAUCGGCUCAGGGGACGCUGCCGUAGACCCCAGUCUACUUAUAGAGACGGUUGAAACCGUACUUGCCACAUCUGGCAAUAGGAGUCCGGAGCCCGUGUGCAAUUAUCUUCGUGAUAUUGUCCGGGCCUUGCGGAUCAAGAAUGACGAGUUACAGGCUACAGAGGAACGGCUGUCCCAACAAGCGGCCAACCUCGACAAUGACAAGGCCGCCACUGAGGCCCUUGUUACAGACUCGAGUAGUCUCCGGCGCCAAAUCGACUCGCUCGCUUCCGUCGGUACUGGCAUCAGACAAGCCACCAACGAUCAAGCGCAGCGAGUCCUGUCCACAACCUUGGCGGACAGCGCAUCGACAUUAAACCGAAAAGCCGAUGCUGCCGCUGGCAAGAUUGAGGCUGUCCGACAAAGACUUCGCCAAGUGCCUGGGCAAAUCAGCCUUAGCAUGGGUGCCUGCUUUGAUGAUACUAACAGGCUCGUGACGCAGGGUUUCCAGGACAUGCCCGCCAUGUUGGCCUCGUGUAGCCGCAUCGACCAGCUCGAGGACCAGCUUGGUACCUGCCAACAGGAGGUCGCGGGGUUGACAGCAGAGCUCUCCGCCACGAGACUGCAACUGUCGCGGCGAAAGGCGGUCAAUCGUGCCAAGCAGGUGCGCAUCGAGCGGCUCGAGGCCGACGUAAACGACGCCGAGACCCGCGGCGAGGAUGCCCAUCGGCUCGCCUCCCAACUUCGGGACGACAUCAUCGACAUGACGGCCCAGAUUGAGCGACUCGAGGCUGCGGUAAGUGACGCCGAAACCCGCCAGCAGGAUGCCAAUCGGCUAGCAUCACGCCUCGAGCAUGACGGCCUCGCAAAGAGCUCUCGAAUUGAGCAACUCGAGGCCGCGGUGAGCAACGCCAAGGCCCACGAGGAAGAUGCCAAUCGAUUGGCGUCGCGACUGGAACAUGACAGCCUCGUCAAGACGUCUCGCAUCGAGCAACUCGAGGCCGCAAUGGGCGUCAGCGAGGCCCGCCUGGCCACAGCUAACAGUCACAGGACUCGACUCGAACAGCUGCUCCGGGCGACCGACAUUGAGAGCUCCGACGCCAGCUCUCGGGCGCUUCAGCUCAGCCAAGAGCUCGCCGACGCCGUGGCCAGAUUGGCAGACUCGACCGCGCGUGUGUCGCAGCUCGAAUCGACCCUUUGCGGCGCCAACGAUGCCACAGCGGCCGCUACCCGCCAAGCCGACGAUGCACUACGAUCGUCGCACACGCUCGUGGCCAGCCUGGCCAGGGCGGCCCAAGAAAUCGAGCAGUUGAAAUCGGCGGCAGCCAACUCGCAGACGGUUGAAUCCAUGGUCGACAGUCUCGCUGAUGCGUUUACCUCCAAGAUGGAAUCCAUGGCGGCCACCUCUGCUGCCGAAGCGCAAAGCCUCCGGUCCCAGCUCCAGGCCAAGGAGCGCGAGAUGACGCAGCUCACGCAGAGCAAUGCUUCCCUGCAGCGUGACGUGGACCAGACGACCAAUGCCAAUACAGUCCUGAAGCGAUCUCUAGACAAUAUCUCGCGGGACAAGCGGGACGCGGAGGCCAGGGCCGAUGCCCUGCAGGCGCAGAUCGAGACGGCCCAACGCCAGCUUUCACCUCCAGCGUCUCAGGCGAGGAAGCGCGCUCGAUUAGACUCUGGCAACGACACUGGCGGCGACAGCAGCAGCAGUGACGGCUCCAACAUAGUCUCCCAAUACUACACCAGGCUCGCCGGCGCCUCGCGGAACCUGCGCUUUGCGCAGCGAGUCAGUGAAAUCAGAUUCGAUGACAUUGCCAUCGACCUGUUCCACGUCCUCUUAGAGGACGGGGGCGCUGCCAAUAUUCGGGACUUUAUGGAGAACGGCCGGAUGCACGAAUGGUCCUGUUAUGUGGACGUUGCCCAGCUCGGCACCCGUUGCCCAGUCAAGCCCGCCGGCCCAUGCAGGCAUCACGACAACGCAUGUCUUCGAUUGCGUGUCGUGAUAAAGGACGGCCAACGACAGCUGGAAUUUUACGAGGAGGACCAGCAACAAGAAGAGGGGGGGAGGGGGGGAGGGGGAGGGGAUAGUAUAGCUAGAAGCUUAUAA